CCAGGUGAUAACUGUGACAAUCAUACUACUCAGUUGGAUGGCACCCAGGAGGAAAAAGAGGUGCCAGGAGUUAUCAAAACCAGUGGUUCCUUGCCAGAUGAUGCUUCUCUCAACAGUACUACGCUUUCAGAUGGGUCCCAGGAUGAAGAAGGGACUUUAGCAGUUCCCAGGAGUGGCUCUAUGUCUAUCCUUGAGACUAUUCCAGAUAUACCAGUUCAUUCCAAUGGGUCAGCAAGCCCUGGACGGUCAGUUCAGAAUUCAGUGAGUGGUGAUGGUUAUCUGGAAAAGAACAUUCCACCAGAUGCUGAAGAGCUAUCCUUUGAAGUAUCUUAUUCAGAAAUGGUUACAGAAGCUCCAAAAAGAAAUAAAUUUAAGAAGUCAGAUUUUAAGAAAGAAGACUAUGUUUUAACUAAAUUUAUUGUUCAGAAAACCAGAUUUGGCCUAACUGAAGCAGGAGAUCUGUCUGCUGAAGACAUGAAGAAAAUCCGCCAUCUCUCUCUGAUUGAAUUGACAGCCUUUUUUGAUGCCUUUGGAAUUCAACUAAAAAGAAACAAAACAGAGAAAGUAAAAGGACGAGACAAUGGGAUUUUUGGAGUUCCACUUACAGUCCUACUGGACAAUGACCGGAAGAAAGACCCUGGAGUGAAAGUCCCCCUUGUGCUACAAAAAUUUUUUGAAAAAGUUGAGGAAUCAGGUCUGGAAUCUGAAGGAAUUUUUCGACUUUCAGGAUGUACUGCCAAAGUCAAGCAAUACCGUGAAGAACUGGAUGCCAGAUUUAAUGCUGAUAAAUUUAAAUGGGACAAAAUGUGCCAUAGAGAAGCUGCAGUGAUGUUGAAAGCAUUUUUCAGAGAACUACCUACUUCUCUCUUCCCUGUGGAAUAUAUACCUGCCUUCAUCACUCUAAUGGAAAGAGGGCCUCACAUCAAAGUACAAUUUCAAGCCCUACACCUCAUGGUCAUGGCACUGCCUGAUGCCAACAGGGACACGGCCCAGGCCCUCAUGGCAUUCUUCAAUAAAGUGAUUGCCAACGAAUCAAAAAACCGAAUGAGUAUAUGGAACAUUUCUACUAUAAUGGCACCAAACCUUUUCUUCAGUAGAAGCAAACAUUCUGAUUAUGAAGAAUUACUGUUAGCAAGCACUGCAGCCCACAUCAUCCGCCUAAUGCUUAAGUACCAGAAAAUCUUGUGGAAGGUUCCAUCUUUCUUAAUCACUCAAGUCAGAAGAAUGAAUGAAGCCACCAUGUUGUUAAAGAAGCAGCUCCCAAGUGUCAAAAAGUUACUAAGGAGGAAGACCAUAGAACGAGAGGUUACAGGCCCCAAGAUGUCAAAGGUACUACAAAAAUCACCCUCUUCAAGAAGAAUGUCUGACGUGCCGGAGGGAGUCAUAAGGGUUCAUGCUCCGCUUCUCUCGAAGGUGUCCAUGGCCAUUCAACUCAAUAGUCAAACCAAAGCUAAAGACAUACUGGCAAAAUUUCAAUAUGAGAACAGUCAUGGUUCACCGGAAUGCAUUAAAAUUCAGAACCAAAGAUUAUAUGAAAUUGGAGGAAAUAUAGGACAGCAUUGCUUGGAUCCAGAUGCUUAUAUAUUGGAUGUGUAUCAUGUAAACCCUCAAGCAGAAUGGGUGAUUAAACCACAAUCAAGUUUUUGAAAUACCACUCAAAACAGCAGCUAUUGUGUAUUAUAUGCCAAGAACAUUCUACAUUAAGUAGGGGAGGAAAAAGACUGCUUUUGACAUGUUUGUUCCUAUAACCCUCUUGGUGUUUCCUGGUCCAAGUGGUGUCUCCCAGCAUUGUCAACAUGAACUAUGGAAGAGGAGAAGCUUAUCCAUUUGAGCUAAAGCUUUCUCAUGAUGGUUCCUUGACAUGAGUGAAGGAAAGAAGUUGUGGUCCUUCCUGAAGAAAGGCCAAUCUAGAUUAGGAACUCUGAUCGUUUCUAGUACUUUGACUUCACAGCAGAAAUGAACGUGGUUCUAUACCUGGGAUAAGACACACUUCUUUAUGUAGCAAAUGCUACCAAAUAGAAGAGGUGGAAAAAAAAUUUUUAUACUUACGUUAUAUACAUAUAUUGACCUUUUGGAGCAAGAAUGCCAGAAACAUCAACAGUGUUUGUUCUGCAAAAUAAUUCAGAUCUACUUUCAAAAGGGAAUCAGUUUCUAAAGUUACACAAUAAAUAUUUAUGCUCUGACUUGCUUCUGAGUUAAAGGAGGAGGAACUUCUGUUUAAAGAACACUGUAUUGGUAUGUAUAUUGUACUGCAUCAUGACUAUCGGCAUUCUGGUAUAAAUGAAUAUUUCUUUUUCCUGGACCAUUGAAAACUGAUAUUUUUCAAGUUUAUUCCCUUAUGAGCACAGGCCCCCCUAGUGAAGCUUAGUUUGACAAAGGGUGUUCUUACGCUUUCACAACCUGUAGCCUGAAAUCACAGAGCCUCUAUUUUUCUCAUCGUGAUUAUGGUGCUUAAUGAAUAGCUUUCCAUGUGCCAGGCACUGAUUUUCUUUCAGGGACUCAUCCAACAUAUCAUUUCUUACAUUUUACAACUGUAGGUAGUCAUUUCUGCAGCCCUGAUUUAAAACUUUAGAACUACCUUGAUCCAAUUGCUCUUUAUCCAAGAGUACUGAAAAAUACUGUUAUAUUCAGAUUUUACAUGCUGUAAAAAUAGAUUUUGUUUCUGUUUAUCAAUCGUAGACAUAGCCAAGCACUGUGGAUUAGCAUCAGACUUUAAAAUCAGAUGCAUAUUCGGUAAGCAAAAAACUGUCUUGCUAUCAAGCUCCUUUGGAACCAUUUUCCAAAAUUGCAUGCAUUUGGUGAGAACACACAGUCCCCCACAAUUCUAGUUGACAGCAAAUUUAAAACGUGCUGAGGGGUCAGACAGCUCUGCUUUUCAUCUUGAGAUAUAAACCUUCCAGGGUUAGCUAGAAAUGGGACAGGGGUCUCAUUUGUCCCGCACAUGUGCUUUGGAUUAGAAUCCACGGGUUUAGAUUUUGAAGAAUUUAUAUCAGUUUUAAUGAGAUUUAACAUUCAAAUAACUCUCUCUUGCAAUUCAAACAAUAGACAAAUUUGCUUACAAAUGCAGAAAACCUUUUAUCUACUUACCAAGUCUCAAAACAUAAUGUGAUAAUAAUUAUGCCCCUAUAUAGAAGAAAAUUUUUAUAUGCUGCAUUAUGCCUUGAUGUCUAUAAAAACAUGAUUUAUAUUCAACAUGUAGAUAAUUCCAUUUCUGCCCAUUAGGAUUUUGGUAUAGUUUUAUAGAAAACUCAAUAUCUGUUCAUUUUAUAUAUUUGAGAAUUUUGAUUUCCUUUUCCUGAAAACACAUUAGAAAAUAAACAUGUUCUGUAAGUUUAUAUUUAUUCUUACAUUUCACCAAUUUUUCAAUGUAUGGCUAAUUGAUGACAUGUGAGUUUACAUAAUGAAUUUCAAGAGUCUAAAAAAAUGCUUUUAUCAUGUUUGCAAGUCAAAGAGGAGCAAACAUUUCACUUUAUGUAGUUGCUAAGUUGAAAGAUGUAAGAGGACAGUAAUUUAUGCCUACACACAAAAAAAAAAAUCCUUCAAAUUAGCUACCUUACCCUUCUAUGUAUGUAUGAAAACUAUGGCUGACUUAUCUCAUUGUAUUUCAUAUCAUUUAGAAUAAAUUCUGUUAUGUUUAUAUAGAAAAUUCACAGAUCUAUUCAUUUAAUUUUUUGUUUGGGAAUUUUCAUUUCUUUUAACUGAAAACACAUUAGAACCCAUUCAUAAGUUUUAAAGGUUUCAAAAUUUACUUCACUGUCAUCAGUUUUAAACAAAUGGCUAACAGAUGACAGGUAAAAACAAUCUUUCUGAAUUUCUUAUCCACUUUUAUGUGAUUUCGGAUGUCAAAAAAGCUGAGUCAAAAACUUUAAUCACUUUAAUGUAUGGAAGGACUUGUGACAACUUUCAAAUAGCUGUAUAAUAUGGAAGGCCAUGUCAAUACCAAUGUCAUUAACCACUGAUAACUUUUAUUUUCAGUCAUAGGGUAAACUAACUGAUUAGAGAAGAAUUUUCAGUAGACACAGUCUAAUUUUUAUGUGGGUUAAAGAGGUACUUUUUACUAAUUUUAUCCUUAAAGAAUAAACAAAUCCCUACACAAUUAAAAUUCAAAACUCACCUAAAUAUUGACAAAACUAUCUUUGCUUUAUCAAGAGUUGUUUUAAAAUAGUUACCGUAAUCUGUAAAAAUAGUAUAUUUGGGGGGAAAAAAAAGGCAGAGUCAUGUAAUGGGCUUCUAAAUUCUAUUCUUAAUAGCUUUCCAUCCCACCUCAUCCCAAGUGCUCUUGCUGUAUACAUUUAGGAAAAUAAUACCCAGGAAAGUAUUAGAGAAAGUUAACACUCUAAGAACAUUUAUUCAUAAAAUGUCGUACAACUGGCUCAUUUUUUCAACCAUUCUGCAAAAGAGGAUCCCUUUGUUAAGCAGUUCACUUAGGGAUAUAACAAUCUUGGAGUGAAUGAUCUCUGAACGAACUGGAAUAUUAAUUUCUUUACAAUUUAUAUACACAAUAUAAACUACCUCACUUGCCUUUCUUGGAAAAAAGAAAUUAAUGGACUUUAACAAUUUUUGUUGCAAAUUAUUCUUGAGUCUUACUUGUCACUUCAGUUAGCUUUCAAUGUACAUUUAAUAAUAUACAUUUAAUGAUGUAAAAUAUUUUUAAACAAAAGCUUUAAAACCAAAAUACUCUGUAAUCUGUGGUAUACUCUGAGAGAAUGUUGUCCCUUAGUCAUUGUCUUGUGUGUUUAGCCAUAUUGAGAUGCAGGUUUUCAAAUGCAGGAAUUAAUAUUCAUCUCUUCUUUUUAGGCAUUGUUUCAACUGCUUUCACCCUAUUGCACUUGACUGAAAAGUAAUAUGAGAUUAAAAUGUUCCUUCUUUCUAUCAAGCAUAUUUCAACGGUUUUCCCCAAAUGUAUUACAUGCCUGAAAAGAGUAUAUAUUAUGGGAUUGAAUAGUUCCUAGUUUCUGACAGGCAUUUUCAACUCUUUUCAAUAAAUAUGUCACUUAAUAAAUUAUAUGACAUGGAUUAAAAUGUUUCUUUCAAGCAUUUUCAAUAGUUUUACACACACACACACACACACACACUUUAAUUUAAAAACAGCAUACUUUCAGGAAUUUUCCAACUAUUUUGUAAAACUGUGUGAUUUGAUUGAAAAAUCAUAUAAUGUCACAAGGAAUGCCAAUGUUUUAUGUUGUCUCCCAUCUCAAAAGUUAUGAUUAUUUUGUCCCAUCCUUUUUCAUUGUUAAGUAUAAUAUGUAUGUUGCAUUUUAUCCAUAAAAAUAAAAAUAAAAAAAACCUAAAA